AUUGUUGUUGACAGUGAUAGUUGGAGUGUUGUUGAUCGUGGGGGGUUGCCAUCGACAGGUGACUUACUUGUCCGCUUACUGACAGCUUAGUGCUACUUACUUACACUACUUACUGUCAGGUAACGCCCAGGCACAACAAAACCCAACCCACUUAACCUCAAACACUGAAACUGAAACACUCGAUCUGGACUGGACAGAGGAGUGCUAGGUUAAAUUUAGCAGCCGGGCAACACUUCGGUUUCAUUUCAGUCUCUCGCUAGACUUCUCUAGAAGCGGGAAUCUACCAUCUUCAUCUCCACCAUGGGGGACUAUGCCAUGCCUUCCGAUGAUCAACUGAAAGAGUUGCGGGAGAGCAAUAAACUCGUCAUUUGGGUUCUGGGAGGCCCAGGCUCUGGCAAGGGCACACAAUGUGACAAGAUCGUGGCCAAGUACAACUUCACCCACAUCUCUACGGGGGAUCUGCUCCGGGCUGAGGUGGAGACUGGGACUGAGCGAGCCAAGGCCCUCAAUGCCAUCAUGAAAGAGGGCGCUCUUGUACCCAUGAAUGUAGUGUUGGCAUUGCUUGCUGAGAGAAUGAUUGCAACUGUGAAAACCUCCAAUGGGUUCCUCAUCGACGGCUACCCCCGGGAACUCGCACAGGGACAGGAGUUUGAGAAGAGUAUCAAGCCCUGUGACCUGGUGCUCUACAUGAAGGCAAGUGAUGCAACGCUUGUACAGAGACUUCUCAACAGAGGCAAGACCUCGGGACGUACUGAUGAUAAUGAGGAGACCAUACAGAAGAGACUCAAGACCUUCCACGCUCACAGCGACCCCAUCAUCAACAACUACACUAGCAAAGUCAGCGAGAUCGACUCAGAAAGAGAUACAGAAGCAAUUUUCGCUGAUGUCGUCAAAGCUAUUGAUGCAGUUAAAAAGUAAUAAAAAGGAACAAACCCACCAUACAGCAACACCUUUAGUUAUAAAGUAAUGUGGUAAAUGUUAACCAUUAAAAUUAUAUAUAAAAGUACACAAAUGUGCAUCGAUUUUAUUUUGUUAUUUUUUUUUUUGCCAAUUAUUGAAUUUCAAAAGUGCUAAUGGUGAAAUUUCAAUGAGAAUUUUUGUACUUAAGACAUUCAUGAAGGUCCAUGUGCCUCUUUUUCAUAAAAUAACUUAUAUGAUACUAUUACAUUUAUAAUAACUUAUAAUUUUGUGCACUUAAAAGAAUUAACAACAUUUAAGCAAUAACUUUUUAUUACAAACACUUUAUUCUUUUGCCUUCUAUGUCACUGCCACUCCAUAAAUUAUUCCUCACAGAACUCACUUCAAGCAAUAUUUUAAUUCAACACUGUAUAUUUUUAAUCACCAUAUUACCCUAUGUAGAAUGAAAAGACAAUAUAAUAAUAGUAAAUAUAACUGAAAAUAUUUAUAUUUCUGUGGUUUUGAACCAAAUUUUUGUUUGUUAAAUUAAAAAUUAUUUUUAUUUCUUUAUUUUUGUAUAUUAGUUUGUAUUUAUACUUUUACUAUAUUUAUCAAUAUACUUAUUUUCUCAUCCACUACGCAAUUCUGUAAAUUUGAAGUUUCACUGCAAUAUUCAGACACACACUUUUCUAUCAGUAGUUUGUAUAUUUUUAUGCAUAAUAUAUGUCUUCCAUUAUGCAAAAAUCUACCUUAACAUGUUUAAUUUGAUUAAACAGCAAUAUUUCAGCCAGUGUUGAGAAAUUAUAAAUUUUUACAUUGAUCUGGCUUUAUUGUUAAGCAGAUGUCAACAUUGUAACAUUAUAAUUUACUGUAAAAUUAGUCGCUACGCUUACAAAAAUGUUAAUAAAUUAUUUGUUACUGUU